CAGGUAACAUUGCAUUAGAUUGGACUGGAAACGCUAUCAAAUCUAAUCCAGUGUUUUAGUCCAUUAUCAUCCAGAUACCAAAGUCAGAACGGUGCUGCACCAAAUUCUCCUCUGCACCUUAAAAUGCCUUUCUAGAGCCCGACUUGGAACGUUUUUAAGGUACGGAUUUAGUACAGCGACAAACCGGAGAAUCUUUCCCCUAAAAGUUCAAAAUGGUGGAGAAUAGGUGUUGCCUCAAGAGAGAAGGGGUUUAUCGCUGGUUCUCGGGAUUAAGUUCGGCUCGGAGGGCCGAGUUCCUGUGUGGACUGUUGGACCUUUGCGUCCCAGUGGAGCUGCGCUUCCUUGGAUCCUGCCUAGAGGACCUCGCCCGUAAGGACUACCACUCGCUGAGGGACGCCGAGAUCAAGGCCAACAACCCGGCCGACCUGGCGCUUCUGGCCAACGUGACGGACGAGGUGGUGCGGAGCAAGCUCCUGGUCUCGCUGGCCCUGCUCGGAUCGGACAACCGCCUGGCCGCCGGCGUCCUUUACCGGACCCUCACGCACAUCGAUACGGUCGUUCACGACUACGGGCUGCGGCCGAGCGACGGGCGUACGGGCGAGCAGUUCCUGCUGCUCUUCACCAUGGCAGCCAAUCAUCCUGCCUUCAGCUUCCACCAGAAGCAGGUGCUACGUCAGCAGCUGGUGCAGAUCCAGGAGAUCCUGCAGAGCAGCGGGGCCGAGACGCCGCACGGAGGCAGUGCGGGUUUACCCACUGCGCCGACUUCGUCGUCUACCUACGCCAGCCCGCCCGCACACCUCACCUGCUGCACUAAGACGGUACAGAGAGAGGCGACGACCGGCCCGGCCGACGACGAUUUGGGCUCUGAGGUCACGUCUCCGACCCCGCUGCCCUCUCCUCAGGAGCUGCCGGCGAAAGUGCAUUCUGGGAAGUCUGGAAAAGUUUGGGUCGAGAGGAUCGAGCUGAAGGGCGUGACGCACAAACCAGAUACUACAGCGGAAUACACACUGGAGGUUUUUUGGUCUGAUUCGACACUAUCCAUCAUUACCAAGACGUCUCAGGAGCUGCUGGAUUUGCUCUCUCGGCUCUCCCAGCUCUUCCCUGAUAACUGUACGGAGAACGUCCUCCCCCAGACAGGCUCUGACCCUCACCAUGUGGACCUGAGGUGUUUGGGUUCUCUUCCGGCUCACGUUCUAAAACACGAGCGAGUCGGUCUCUUCUGCUCAUCGUCCAGCUCUCAGUUACCAACCGGCACCAAUCUGAGCUGUCUGCUGCAGUAUAAAGGAUCCAGCAGGACGUUAUGCGGCGUGGCCAGCGUACAGCCGGUGGUGAACGUCCUCGCCUCGUUACCCCAGCCUUCACCUGCACACCCGCCCCCUCCGCCCAUCCAGCCCUUUCACCCCACCCCCGCCGUACCCCUGGGAGAGAACAGCUCCGCUCUACAGCAACCGCAGCAGCAACCGCUGCACCACCAGCACCCGCCACCGGGCCCCGAGCAGAACGGCAUCUUGGACUGGCUCCGUAAGCUCCGCCUCCACAAGUACUACCCCGUCUUCAAACAGCUCACCAUGGAGGAGUUCCUUGCUCUCACAGAGGAGGACCUGAAUAAGUACGACCUGACUCAGGGAGCCAAGAAGAAGCUGAAGACCCAACUGGAGCUGCAGAAGGAGAAGUUGGAGAAGAGAUACACGCCGGCUCAGUUCCCUCUGUCCUGUACCGGAGUCGCCAGAGUAACACCGUCCACCUACAACGGUCCCAUCACACACACACAGUCAGGCAGCAGCACCGAGCUGCGUGUGGAGGUGGACGCCGGGUCUCUACCGGUUCUCAGGGACAGCAGCUCAUCAUCCGGUUACUCCAGCUCACCGUCCAGUCCCAUGAUUCCACUGAAAGAGACACACAGACGUGUCGAUGUGGAGUCCGCUGAAAAAGACCGUGUGUGUUUCGUUCUCGGUCCCGCCGGAUCCGGUCCGAGUCGCCCCACGGCUCAGGUUCUUCCCGUCCAGAACGACCCGUCCGUCUGUCUGUCUCAUCCGAGCAUGAACCCUCCAUCCCUCCCUCCUUCCCUCCUCCCCCCGGGUCGGGGCCACGCCUCUUCCUCUCGUAAGCCGCGCCCUCCUCCUCUCUGCUCCACCGUGGGUGUGGAGGUUCCACCUCCGGGGCAUCAAGAAGCCGAGACGUCGUCGUCGAGCUCGAACGUCCUCCAUCAUAUUUCACAUCCCACUCUACACUUCCAAGUUACCUCGUCGCCCGGCCACGCCCGAUUGACGCCGUACCCGAGCCCCGCCUCCUCGUCGUCCUGCACUUCGACCUUCAUGUCCUCGUCGCCCUCCUCCAAACACACCUUCUCGCCCGUCCCCAUGGCGGCCGUCUCCGGGAACACGUACAGCGCCAGCAACGCGUCCGUGCCGGCCCCUCCCACGUCUAGCCCGGUCACCACGGAGACGGCGUGCUACGGCUCCGCCCAGUCCAGCUGCCCGGUGUCGUGCGUGUGCAGCUCGUGUGGCUGCAGCGGGAACUGCAGCUCCUUCUACUUCCCGCACCCGUUCUCCGGGACGUCCCUGCUGACCUUCGGGCCGCUCCUGCACUUCAGCCCGCUGCUGGCGGGAGGCGCCUCCGCGUCCCCGUUCUCGUACCCGCUGGUCACGCCGCCCGUCUACAGCAGCGGCGUGGCGCACGACUCGCAGCAGAACCUGGUGCUGCCCCCCGUGCAGGGGUUCCCAGGGGGCGGGGCUAACAUGUACCAGCCCCACGGCAUGAUGGGGAACGGAGGUGUGGGGCUGAAGAAGGCGGGCAGCGUGUCGUGUUACAACUGUGGGAUGAGCGGGCAUCGCGCGCACGACUGCAAACAACCGCCCAUGGACUCGGCUCAGCAAGGCAUGUUUCGUCUGAAGUAUUCCCCGCAGUCGGACAGCCAGGACUCCGGCGACUAGACAGGAGGUGCAUGACCUUCUCGGAGCCCGGAGAAUUAUCGUGAGGACUUGCUGCAGAGGGUGUGUUGUCGCCCCCCUCUGGCUCAGUCCUGUUCCCACACGCCCCGCGGUGUUCGGCACUAAACAGUGAGUACAGACGCCACUCGCACCUUCCUGUCGGGACUCGAGAGAGAAUGAAGCACAAGCACCUUUCAUUUCGGAGGAAUUCGGGACGGAGUACACGCAACAAUCGCGGCCCUCUUCAGGAACGACCGACUUUUAUUUAGACUUGGUGACGUAUUUGUAUUUCUACAAUCGUUUCUAGUCAGUUGAGGAGUUUUUACUGAGCUGUUUUUAUUUUUUUUUAAUCAGAGGACGCAGUGUUUACAGGACGAUGUUUCAAAGCCUUAAAAUCCUCCGCGUGUCCAUAAUAAAUGUGCCAACAAUCAGCUGUACUCGGCGCACGGUACCGUUUUCUGCACGGACGCCGGCUGGACGAGCCUGAACGUCCCGUAUUUUGUUCGGACCUGAACCUGACAAACUUCCUGACCGGAGGUGGAUCCUGUUCCUCACAUGUACAGACUCAUGUUAGUUCUUUCUCAUAUUCGCGCCAGCCGCCGCCUUCGCAGCUUUAAACGAAUGUAGGUUCACGAACCUAAAAUUAGCACCUUAGCUUGUCCACAUUAGCACUGGCUUCUUUCAUUCAGAGGAACUUCAGAGGAAAUGGAAAUAUUCUGUACAUACCAAACAAUUCUGUCUUUAGCAAAGCUUUAUCUAGAUCUUUCAUUUUACACUUUGGCAGCUUCCAACUCUGAAUAUUUUUAUUAAAAACUACAAUUUUUGUUCUGUCUUUACCGUCCUCGCUACUCAGCUCUGGAGAAAAGAAAAUAUCACAGAGGGGAAUCAACCGAAAUUGUUUCUGCUGCCAAAAAAACUAACACAACAGGUACGCUGAUGUCCAGACAAACAUUUCGGAAUGUGUUCAAAACACAACACACGACCAGCCAAACACCUUCGGAAUGUGUUCAAAACACAACGUGUGUUUGUCUGGACACCAACAGACAUCAGAAUGUUUUUAAAACACAACAUGUGCCUUUUGGUGAGAGGACAAAACUAGUGUAAUAUGUUUAAAAUACAACACGUCCAGACAAAACUAGUAUAACGUGUUCAAAACACAACACACGACCAGCCAAAACUAGUAUAACGUGUUCAAAACACAACACACGACCAGCCAAAACUAAUAUAACGUGUUCAAAACACAACAUGUGUGUUUGUCUGGACACCAACAGACAUGAGAAUGUUUUUAAAACACAACCUUUUGUUGUGCCUUUGUGUGAGAAGAUAAAACUAGUGUAAUAUGUUUAAAACACAACACACGACCAGACAAAACUAAUAUAAUGUGUCCAAACACAACACACGACCAGCCAAAACUAAUAUAAUGUGUUCAAAACACAACAUGUGCUUGUCUGGACACCAACAGACAUCAGAAUGUGUUCAAACACAACACUCGACCAGCCAAACACUUCAGAAUGUGUUCAAAACACAACACGUGUAUGUUAAUAUCCAGACAAACACAUCAGAAACAUCAAAAACACAACACAAGUCAUUUGAUGUCCAAACAAACAUGUCGGAAUGUGUUCAAAACACAACACGUGCACUUUGCUGUCCGGAGAAACACUUCAGAAUGUGUUCAAAACACAACACACGACCAGCCAAAACUAGUAUAAUGUGUUCAAAACACAACACACGACCAGCCAAAACUAGUAUAAUGUGUUCAAAACACAACACGUGCCUUUUGGUGACCAGACAAAACUAGCAUAAUGUGUUCAAAACACAACAUGUGUGUUUGUCUGGACACCAACAGGCAUCAGAAUGUGUUCAAAACACGACAAGUGCCUUUCGGUGAGCAGACAAAACUAGUACAAUGUGUUCAAAACAUAACACGUGCACUUAGCUGUCCAGAGAAACACUUCAGAAUGUGUUCAAAACACAACACGUGUAUGUUAAUAUCCAGACAAACACAUCAGAAACAUCAAAAACACAACACAAGUCAUUUGAUGUCCAAACAAACAUGUCGGAAUGUGUUCAAAACACAACACACGACCAGCCAAAACUAGUAUAAUGUGUUCAAAACACAACAUGUGUGUUUGUCUGGACACCAACAGACAUCAGAAUGUGUUCAAAACACGACAAGUGCCUUUCGGUGAGCAGACAAAACUACCACAAUGUGUUCAAAACACACCAGACGUCUACAUACUUUUGGUACUUUUGGCCAAAAUUCUUGUGAGAAACCUUCUUAAAAGAGUCAUUCUAUUUUAAUGCCAUUUGUGUUUAAAAUCAGAUGUUCGACCAGCCUAUUGGUCAGGCGUCCAAAUACAUUUGGUCAUAUAGUAGCUUUACAGCAGCUGCGGUCGUGUCCUAAUCCUCAUGAGGAAUCAGGAGGCCGUGCAGCCCAGUUCAACAGCCAUCGAAUGAAUGAAUGAUUGGAAAAACGUGUAUGUUUUACAGGUGACUAUAAACUUUUGAGCUCAGGUGUAUAACAGCAGGUCGCUCAGCAGAAUGAUGAUUUUGACAUUUAUUUCUUUUUAUAAACACAUUGAUGUUAUUUCUGCGCUCUGUACGUUGUUUUUUACUGAAAGACUCUGUAAAUCUACGUAAAUGUACGGGCAGCAGUAUCGAAUAAGGUACUGGAAUGGUUAUCAGAAGGUUUUUGUUUGAACCCCACUACUGCCAAGUUGCCACUGUUGGGGUCCCUGAGCAAGGCUUUUAAUUCUCAGUUGUUUAAACUGUGUUUGGUCGCUUUGGAUAAAGGCGUCUGCUAAGUGCCAUCAAUGUAAAUGUUUGGACGACAUGGGCAGCAUUUUUUAUUGUUUUUUAUUUUUAUUAUUACGAGGAAAAAGUUGCGACUUGAAUCGUUUGUUUUUUCUUGUACGAAUUUGAUGGUUUUUGUAUUUAAUAUUUAGACGCUGAAUGAGUUUGUGUUCAUUUUGUACUUAAUGGAUUUUGGGAUUUUUUAGAAAUAAAAUAUUCAGAUUUA